AGAACGCGGGGUAUACGGUAUACUGUGUUUAUCUAUUGUUUUUCCAUAAAUUUCACACGCGCCCUACGAACGUCUCCCGAAGCGCGUCGUCCUUCACGCAUAUGUGUCUCGGAGACAAUAGAAACUCGCACCAUGCACGAUGGAAGUUUGUUCCGUGCAGUUCUCUCGCGCGAGCGUACAUUAAUACGCGAAAAGCUCGUCGUUUGAUCGCCGGCCGCGAGAAACGUCGCCGAGUUGUCGUUCACGAAGUCAAUUUCCGCGUUUUCGAAACGAAGAUAUACGUGGCCCGUUUAAAAAUGGAGAUAACGCAGGAUGCGGAGCCGGACUUCUCGAAUGCAAGGACGCUGCACUUCCACGAGCUGAUAGACAGGAAGGACGGCGACGUCCGCUCGAUUCGCGACAAUAUCUUUGAUACCGUCUAUAGAGUAACGACCGUUAAAGGAAAUCCGACAUGGUGGAAGAGACGGUCCGGUUUGGAACGCGGGUUAACGGUGAUAGCCGUUUCCGGAUUCCUCUUAUGCGUCGCUUUGGCUGUGGCGCUCGGAAUUUUGGCGUCCAACACGACAUGCAACACUACAUCCAGACCCGAUCCUGUUAAUACAGAGAUGCUACCAUCCACAGCCGAAGCGUUAAGCGGCUCAGAAACGUCGAGCAGCAUCCAUGUCAUACAGAAAAGCCCGGAAUGCGACGAUAUAUGUUUAACACCUGGAUGCGUUACCACAGCCUCACAUAUACUGAAAAAUAUGGAUCGCAACAUGGAGCCGUGCGAUGACUUUUACAAGUUCGCCUGCGGCGGCUUCCUCGAUUCUACCGUCAUUCCCGAUGACAAAACCAGCGUAAAUGCGUUCUCCGUCAUCGUCGAUACCCUCUUGGAACAACUACGGACUAGCAUCGAGGAGAAGAGUCCUCCAAACGAACCGAGACCAUUUAGACUUGCCAAAGACUUCUACAAGGCUUGCAUGAACCAAACCGCUAUCGAGGAGCGAGGCUUGCAACCAUUGUUGAACAAUCUCAGAAAACUCGGUGGCUGGCCAGUUCUAGACGCCGAGCGAUGGAAUGACGGUGACUUUACUUGGAAAGAUACCGUCUACAAAUUCCGCAGAUUGGGCUAUUCCGUCGACUACUUCAUCGAUUUCGGCGUCAGUGUCGACUUGAAGAAUAACUCGAGGCGCCUGAUCGACCUUGAUCAAGCAGCUCUUGGUCUGUCGCGCGAAUAUUUGUCGAAAGGUUUCGACGAGAAAAUCGUUCAGGCAUAUUAUAAGUACAUGGUGGACAUUGCUGUGAUCCUUGGAGCUGAUCCGGAUCGAGCCCGCAAAGAAUUGAAAGAGUCACUUGAAUUUGAAAUCAAACUCGCGAAUAUCUCGCUACCUAAUGAAAAGCGACGCAAUGUAACUCUUCUCUACAACCCCAUGACUGUGAACGAGCUGUCUUCGGCUUACCCUAGCAUACCAUGGUGGGAAUACUUUAAUACAAUCCUCGCGCCGCAAGCGCAACUAAGUCGGGACGAAAUAGUUAUCGUGAACGUGCCCAGUUAUCUAAAAGACUUUGAACAACUGAUCAGCAAGACCCCGAAGAGGGUGCAGGCGAAUUAUGUGUUUUGGAGGGCGGCCGCCGCGUCUGUCAGCUAUUUAACGGACGAUAUCCGAAAAAGGCAGCUGAAAUAUACGCUAGAAUUAAAUGGCAAGACGGAAAGGGAACCGAGGUGGAAAGAGUGCGUGGAAAUUGUUUCUGGCAGUAUGGCGAUCAGCGUCGGUUCGAUGUACGUGAGAAAAUACUUUAAGGAGGAUGCGAAAAAGACCGCUCUCGAAAUGGUCAGCGAUAUUAGAGAGGAAUUCACGAAGAUCCUGAAGAAGGUGGAAUGGAUGGAUGAGAAAACCAGAGCAAACGCCUUAGAAAAAGCAGCUGACAUGACAUCACAUAUUGCUUAUCCAGAUGAGCUGCUGGAUAAUAGAAAGCUUGAUGAGUUUUACGAGGGACUCGAAUUAAAUUCCAGCGAUUAUUUAGGAAGCAUUUUAAAUCUGACUAUCUUCGGAACGAAUUUCUCAUUCGGUAGAUUGAGAAAGCCGGUGAACAAAACGGAAUGGAUUACUCAUGGAAGGCCGGCUGUUGUUAAUGCAUUCUAUUCCUCAAUCGAGAAUAGUAUUCAAUUCCCCGCAGGUAUCUUACAAGGCACAUUCUUCAGUAAUGAUCGACCGCGUUACAUGAACUACGGCGCUAUCGGCUUUGUCAUUGGCCAUGAGAUUACCCACGGCUUCGACGAUCAAGGCAGACAGUUCAAUAAGGAAGGUAAUCUCGUAGAUUGGUGGGAGUCGGAGACAAAGGAGCACUAUCUUAAAAGAGCCGAAUGUAUAAUUUAUCAGUAUGGAAAUUAUACUGUGAAAGACGUCGGAAUGAACUUAAACGGAAUAAAUACCCAAGGUGAGAACAUUGCCGAUAACGGCGGUAUAAAAGAGGCGUAUUACGCGUACAAGGAAUGGGUAAAACGAAACAGACCGGAACAAAGAUUACCAGGUCUGCCUUACAGCCCGGAACAGAUGUUUUGGAUAAGUGCCGCUAACAGUUGGUGCAGCAAAUACCGUCCGGAAGCGAUGAAGCUGCGUAUCACGACGGGAUUCCACAGCCCCGGCGAGUUCCGCGUACGGGGACCAUUGUCAAACAUGGAGGAAUUCUCGCGCGACUUUAAUUGUCCGGUCGGCUCUAAAAUGAAUCCCGAAAAGAAGUGCGCCGUAUGGUAGAUCUCACAGAUGUCGGCAAAAAAUGAUUGGCUACGUUGUAACAUGCAAAAAUCUAACAAGGCGCUCUCCACGAUAAAAUCCAUGGAGAUUGAUGCAACCUGCGUUUUCAAAUGCGCAGGAUAGAUAUUAUAAAUCGUUUUUGGUAAACAAUUUUUAUAAUAAGUAAGAAAUACGUGUCAUGAUGCGCGUAUGUAAAUAGAGAGAAAAUGGAAUAUAUAAUGAUGGAUUUAAGAGUUAAUUAGUUCUACUUGUAUGAAGCUAUAUUCGUCUAACUGUCCUUGAUGUAUAAGGCAUAGAAUUUCUGUGUUACAACGUUAAUGUCAAAAAUUUUCAAUUGUUCCAUAUAAUGGAGUAACUCGCACAGCAUUAAGCUAAAUUGUCAAACAUAUUUCAUUCUUUUAUUUUUUUGUUGAGAAUUUUUAUAGUUUGUAUAUCGUAAAAAAAUGUUGGCAGCUCCAUUAAGAAAACGCUUUUUAUCCGUUUUUUAUCGUUGGCAAACUUUGUUAAGCCUUGCUUCCUAGAUGAAAUUUUAAAGUAUUCUGUUAACACAAAGAUGAAUAGUAAUAGUAUACAUUAUAUAGAAUAUGAUCCGUAAAAUCAAUAUUGGGAAAGAUUUAAGAAUAUUUUUUGAUAAAUUUGUUAUACAUUUUUUAUGAGAAUUUUAACAGGACACAGAUAAUUUUUCAUAACUAUUUUACGUUGAGUAUUAUUUAGUAGUAUUAUCGAGUAUAGCAAUUAUAUAGAAACUGCAAAUUAGUAAAUAUGCGUUUGCGAAAAAGAGCGCUUUUUCCCAAGAAAUAAUGCGAUAUGCGCGAUUUCUGGUAUGUUAAAGUUCUAGUUACAUUAUAGUUUCUGACUCAAAUACAUAGCACAUCGAAUAUUUCUUCUCUGAGAUUUUGCGGAUGAAAGAGUGCCAAAACAAUCAUUUCUUAAAUCUUUGACGGUAUUUUUCGCAAGAAUUAGAUGUGCUAGUCAAAUUAGAAAGCAAAUAAAAUUAUAGAAAAUGGAUUCUUUUUUAAUCAAUACAUUCGUGAAUUUAUAAGAAA